CUGAGUCUCUCGGCCUCUUCCCCCCAGGCAAAAAAACAAAAGGUCGACUCUAGUCUUCCCCGCAAACGUUGCACUUUUUCUCAACCCUUUUUUUUUUUCCGGCCCUUCUUCUAAUCUAAAUAUAUUAAUACGUGAUCCUCUGUGUUGCCGUAACUCGAGCGUUGGACUCAGCCCAAGUUCAGAACACUAAUAUAACACUAAUAGAGAGUACAGAUCGAUCGAAAUGGUUUUAAACUCGAGAAAGGAGAAGGUGAGAGCCAGCAGUACGAGGAUGCGUAACCAAGACACCCCUUGUGGCGUUGGUGGUGGUGGAACCGGAGGCAGAACUCGUACUACUACUACUACCACUGCUAGAACUAAGACCGCUUCAUCAUCUUCCAUAAUCAAGAAAAUAACCAGGAAAUCUCGUAGAAAAACCCGGAGGAAGACUAGAAAGCCCAAGUAUCUUAGCCUCCGCCUUCAGUUUUCCUGUGAUGAGAAAGCCCAAGAUCAAUCUAGCGACACGCCCGCCGGCGGUCACCCGCAGCUCAACUUGUUCCCGCUUCACCCUGAGAAUUUAGUGGAAGACAAGGAUGCCCACGACGAGAACGUGGCCUGCUGCUGCCGCAGACGGGGGAGCGACCACCCUCACCGGCCUCCUUGGAGCCGCUGCCACGCCUUCAUCGUCCGGAGAGGAUAGUAAGAACCGCAGCAGCACUUGUACUACAACUACAAAUGCUUCGCUGUCGCCGUCGUCGGCCUCGCUAACGUACGCCUACGGAGGGAGACAAGAUAGUGAGGAGGUGGCCCUGGUACGGACGGCUAUGAGGAGGAAUAAAGAGAGGGAGCCGAGUGAAGAGAGGUGGGUCCGAUACUCGGAGGUAGUUGAGCGGCGAGAUGAUCAGGAAGUGAGUAGCUGCUCUGCCGCCAUAGCCGGCGCUGAUCUGGGGUGUUGGAGAAAUCGAGGCUUGUCGUUGAAGCUGAAUUAUCAAGAGAUCUUGAAUGCAUGGUCCGAUAAAGCUCCGCUUUACGUACAUGCAGCACAGGAUUCCCCGCAAACGGUCCCUGAUAUCCAUGAUCAUGAUCGUUUCCUCCCUCCUCAACUUUCCAAUGGUAGCAGCGAUGGACAGGGAAGUUGUGGAGGUUGUGUAUGGAGAGUCCCGGAGAUGAUGAUGACGAAAAAGACAAAUGAGCAAGGCCUUGCGUCAGUCAGAGUGAAGGCGGAGGAACAGCAGGAGCAGGUAGAGGUGGUGGGCGGGAAGGAGUUGAAGGUGGGCCAAAGAGAAGCGAGCGUCCGGAGGUACAAGGAGAAGAGACAGAACAGGCUCUUCUCCAAGCAAAUUAGAUAUCAAGUCAGAAAGCUUAAUGCUGAGAAACGCCCUCGUCUCAAGGGUCGAUUUGUGAAGAGGACUUGAAGAUACGUUUGUUCUCCUAGUCUACAUCAUCGGUUUCUUCUCUGUUUUUUUUUUUUUUUUUGGGUCGGGGGUGAGCAUAAUUUCCAGCUUUUACAACGUAAAAAGUCCUAAUAAAAGGCAGGUAUUAUUGCGACUGAGAAAGAAGAAAAAAGAAGAAGAAAUCAUCAAAGUAAACACUGUCUUCUUCCUGUGCACGAUAACAACUCCGGUGAAUGCCAAGAAGAAGAUUUACUGUAGACUGAAUUGCUGUAGACAUCCUUUUCUAAGAGCAGCUUUCAAGUUGCGUAUGAUAUUGCAUCUUCUUUUUCUUCUACUAA